GUAAAAAUAUUUAUCUCGAAGAAAAUUCAAAAAAAACUUGGUAUACAUUAAAAAUGGAAUACCCUCCUGAUCCACAUUAUGAAGAAAUUAACAACACAGUCUUAAUCCUUUGUAAUAAUUUAAUCAACAAUACCUAUGACCCUAGUGAAUUUAAAGAUCAGAUGAAAUUU